CCACCCACAAAAGCUCCAUCACCAUUCACCAACACAGGUGGCUGGGCUUCUGAAAUUCAGUUCAAAAGUGGGUCUCUCUCUCACCGCACUUCCUCCUCCACCACCACCGGUCCCCUCCUUCUCCGCCAAUUCUUAGUAUCCCUUCCCUUUCUUGUCUUCUUCCUCCAAAAUCCCUCCAUUCCCCAUUUCUCUCUGCUUUUUCCAUUACAGAGAUUCCCUCCGCGUUGCGACGACCCGAGUCUCGUCCUCCUCCUCCUCUUCUUCUCCCUCUCUCUUUUAAAAAUCGAAAGCUAGAUCGCUCUCUUCCUCACCUCAUUCCUCUGCUUCUGCAUUCUGUGUGUGAGAGAGAUGAAGGGAGAGGCGAAGCACGAGAGGCGGUGGGGAUCGGAUUCCGUCCCCGCGAGGGCGGCGGCUCUCAGCAGCAGCAGCGCCGGGACUUCUCCGGUGAGCGAGGCGAUGAGCUCGGUGGCCGGGGUGGAGGAGGAAUUCGUGGAAGUCACGCUCGAUUUGCAGGACGAUGAUACGAUUAUACUCCGGAGCGUGGAGCCGGCGACGGUAAUCAACAUCGGCAACGGUGGGAGUGGAAGUGGUAGUGGUGGCGAGGGAGACGAGAGCGGUGGAAGGGAGCUAUUGCCUCGAUCGAAUCCGGUUUCCGCUCCCCCGUCCAGAUCCCCGACGAUCAAGCGGAGCUCGUCGAACAAGCUGCGGCAGUUCUCGCAGGAGCUGAAGGCGGAGGCGGUGGCGAAGGCGAGGCAGUUCUCGCAUGAGUUGAAGGCGGAGCUGAGGAAGUUCUCGUGGAGCCACAGGGCGUCUCGCAACUCUUCGCAGCAGCCGCAGCAGAACAAUAACAAUGGCGGCAGUGUUUCUGCUGGAUUCGACUCCGCCCUUGCCGCUCGAGCUAUGCGGAAGCAGCGAGCUCAGCUGGACCGGACCAGGUCCAGCGCUCAGAAGGCCCUCCGCGGUCUCAAAUUCAUCAGCAACAGGAAAUCGCAAGGCAUCGAGGCGUGGAACGAGGUCCAGCACAACUUCGAUAAGCUCGCCAAGGACGGUUACCUCUACCGCUCCGAUUUCGGGCAAUGCAUAGGGAUGAGGGAUUCCAAGGAGUUUGCACUCGAACUGUUCGACGCAUUGGGCAGGAGAAGGAGGUUGAAGGUGGAGAAGAUUAGCAGGGACGAGCUUUACGAGUUCUGGUCACAAAUCACCGAUGAUAGCUUCGAUUCACGGCUCCAGAUCUUCUUCGAUAUGGUGGACAAGAACGAGGAUGGCCAAAUUGGAGAGGAAGAAGUAAAAGAGAUUAUUAUGUUAAGCGCUUCGGCGAACAAAUUGUCAAGAUUAAAGGAACAAGCAGAAGAAUAUGCAGCUUUGAUCAUGGAAGAGUUGGACCCUGAAAGACUUGGCUACAUCGAGCUAUGGCAACUGGAGACACUUCUUCUACAGAAGGACACGUAUCUAAACUACAGUCAAGCACUGAGCUACACGAGCCAAGCCUUGAGCCAGAACUUGCAAGGGCUAAGAAGGAGGAGCCCAAUAGUGCGGAUGCGGACAAGGUUCCUCUACUUUUUGGGAGAGAACUGGAAGAGAAUCUGGGUGUUAACUUUAUGGAUCAUGAUCAUGGUCGCCCUCUUCACAUGGAAGUUCUUUCAGUACAAGCAGAAGAAUGCUUUCAAGGUCAUGGGUUAUUGUCUCCUGACGGCCAAAGGUGCGGCAGAGACAUUGAAGUUCAACAUGGCCCUUAUUCUCCUGCCGGUGUGUAGGAACACCAUCACUCGCCUCAGGUCCACACGGCUUGCUUAUCUUGUGCCUUUCGACGACAAUAUUAACUUUCACAAGUUCUGUGUAUAUAUCCAGACUGUCGCCGCAGCAAUCGUAGUUGGUGUUAUUCUACACGUUGGAAACCACCUUGCCUGUGAUUUCCCGAGGCUGGAGCGCGCAUCGGUGGUGGACUACAAUCUGUACCUCAGAAAUGACUUUGGAGACCAUAAACCAAGUUACUUCAAAUUAGCUAGAGGAGUAGAGGGUGUAACCGGAAUUCUUAUGGUGAUCUUCAUGAUCAUUGCAUUUACACUGGCAACGACAUGGUUCAGGCGCAACCUUAUUAAGCUCCCUAAACCAUUCAACAGAAUUACCGGGUUCAAUGCCUUCUGGUACUCACACCACCUAUUUGUCAUCGUCUAUGUCUUGCUGGUUGUCCAUGGUAUAUUCCUCUACCUUGUUCAUCACUGGUACCAAAAAACGACGUGGAUGUAUCUCUCUGUUCCCGUCUUGCUCUAUGCCGGAGAAAGGGCCCUCAGGUUUUUCCGCUCUGGCUCAUACACAGUCCGGCUUUUGAAGGUUGCUAUAUAUCCCGGAAAUGUGCUCACAUUGCAAAUGUCCAAGCCAAAUCAAUUUCGGUACAAGAGUGGACAGUACAUGUUUGUUCAGUGCCCUGCGGUUUCUCCAUUUGAAUGGCACCCAUUUUCAAUCACCUCUGCUCCUGGGGAUGAUUACCUAAGCGUUCACAUUAGGCAACUAGGCGACUGGACCCAGGAACUCAAAAGGGUAUUCUCUGAGGCAUGCGAGCGCCCUGUUGCAGGGAAGAGCGGCCUUCUUAGAGCUGAUGAAACCACCAAGCGUGAAUACAGUUUGCCAAGGCUGUUGAUAGAUGGGCCUUACGGUGCCCCUGCACAAGAUUACCGGAAAUACGAUGUCUUGUUACUUGUUGGUCUAGGAAUUGGGGCAACUCCUUUCAUUAGCAUUCUCAAAGACUUGCUUAACAACCUUGUGAAGGAAGAGCAGUCGGUGAGUGAUCAAACGGAUUCAAUAUCAGAAGUCAGCAGAACAUCGGACGUUAGCUAUGCCAGCACUGAUGGCAUGAGACGGAAAAAGGCGUUGAAGACCACGAACGCUUACUUCUACUGGGUGACGAGGGAACAAGGCUCCUUUGAUUGGUUCAAAGGGGUGAUGAAUGAGAUUGCAGACCAAGAUCAACAGGGGGUGAUUGAGAUGCAUAAUUACUUAACCAGUGUGUAUGAAGAAGGCGAUGCUCGAUCAACCCUCAUUACCAUGGUGCAGGCCUUGAACCAUGCAAAGAAUGGUGUGGAUAUUGUCUCUGGAACCAGGGUAAGUUAACGCCAGAAAAAAAAAAAAAAAAACAUAUUUCACUCAUAGUAAUCUUCAAUUCCCAUACUUCCAAGCGCUAAACCGAGAUUGCAAUGUGCUGUGUUGAUGUCCACUCAUCAGGUGCGAACCCAUUUCGCAAGGCCUAACUGGAAAAAGGUGCUGUCAAAACUAAGUUCCAAGCACUGUAAUGCAAGGAUAGGGGUAUUCUACUGUGGGGCACCUGUUCUAGCACAAGAACUGGGCAAGCUCUGCUACGAAUACAAUCAGAAAGGGUCUACCAAGUUCGACUUUCACAAAGAGCAUUUCUAAGGGGAAAAGGCGUUGUACUAGGUGUCUCAGGUUGCACAUAGACAUCACUCCACUCCUUGCCUCUACAUAUACGUAAGAGCAUUUCUUGCAAUAAACCCAGAGUAGCUUUGUAUAGCAUCCAGAAUAGUGAGAUGAAAGAAAGCAGAAAAUUCCAACAACAAAAAAAAAAUGAGGAGCGAGCCAGAAGGGAAACAAAACACAGAAUGUAGAUAGGUAUAUAUAUUACAGCAGAAAGCUGAGCGAUUCCGGUCCGCGGACAGUCUGGUCAUCAAUCAGUUUUUCAGCCAGUAAAUUAGUAGUAAGCUAGAUAGGCUGUGUGGAUGCAGCCAGCCAGCAAUUGGUGCUUGGAGGAGAGUGGAAUUACAGCUGCAAUGGUGAUCCAAAAAGUCAGCAGAAAGCUUGUUUGGGGGAAUGGAUAUGGAUGGAGGAUUAUGAUUCAAGUGGACCAAGUGUGUGGAAGUGUCUUUCUGUAGGGUUACUACUUUCUACACAGGAGGCUUCAUUGGCAAACAUUCUGAAUGGAAUGGUGGGGGGAAUAUACAGUUUUGAGACGGGAGGUAGGUAUUCAAUAUUUAUGGGUCCUACCAGAAGCGUGGGAGUCGGAUAUUGGAGAUGGGAAAUAGGGGGAUGAGAUAAUUUUGUCUUCCAUUUCGCUUGGUUGCAUAUUAUUAUUUCUUUUUUGUCAAAACUUGUUUGUCCUCAAUGGGAACAGCCGCAGGCAGGGAAGAAGAAAAAGUAUGUUACUCCUUCCUUACUACAGAAUGUGUAUUUGAGAUUGAGUAUGAAUGCUUGCUGGGGACGCACAGUGCAAAGACCUGUCGUCUCCAUCAGCAUGAUUCUGCGCUUUCUAUGCUAUUAAAGCAAAGAUGAAUUUGUAUAUGCAAAUACCAGUCACUGUAUUUCUUGCUCCAUAGAUUAUUAUUUGGUUGGUUAGUUCCAUUUGAGUGGACUGUUAUCAUAUCAAUUAGUACCUUUUACAGG